AGCAUUUAAAAAAUGAUGUUAAUCCUCUUAAAUUCUCUUACUUGAAUAUAAAACUUUAAAUUUGCCGCAAGAAAAUUCAUUUGCAUUUAAUAGGAGUAGCAUAAUGUUGUGGCAACUCUGAGUCAAACCAUUGAUUGAUCAUUGAAAUAUGACGUUUCAAGAAUUCUUAGAAAUUGUGUCGAAAUAAAUGUAUGAAGAAUAUUUUUAAAGUAAAAUUAAUAUUAAUAAUAAUUAAAAGAAAAAUUAAAAUAUCAUAGUAUAAUAUAAGAAGUAAUAGUGAAUAAUUUAAAAUUAAUUAAUGAAGAACAAUCACGUCAGAAUGUCUUUACAUGAUAUGUGAUAUCGUUAUAUAAAUUCUGUUAAAAAAUUCAAUUUAUUCUUUAAUGUCAAUAUGAAAAUCUCUUAUUAUUAAAACAAAUCAAUAUUUGAUAAUUAAAAUAAUUAAUAUUAAUAUAAACAUUUUGAGAUUAAAUAAAAAUGACAAUUGAUUUAUCAACAGUACCACUUGUUGCUUUAUCUAUCGAAUCUACACAAGUUAUUUCAUCAUUAUUAAAUUCGCCAAAAGUUAUUCCUUGCGAAAAUAAAUUACCAAGAGACUGGAGAGGUCUUGCUCAUUUAUGCGAAUUAGGCGGAGAAUUAAUGCCCUUACUUAUAUCACAUCCAGAUCCAACUGCAUAUAUUUUAACAUAUUGGAAAAAAAAACAAAAAAAUAUUACAAUUAAGGAUUUUCAAAAUUUAUUAGAAAAAAUCGAUAGAUGGGAUAUUUUAGAUGAUACAUUAAAGCUUUUUGUAAGAGAUGGUGAAAAAUAUUUAGAACAAUCGCAAAAGUCUCAAACAUCAGCUGAAAAAAUUGAAAAUGACAGUGAGAUAGAAAUUCUUACUGUAGAUGAUCUCUAUAGAAAAGAGCAAGGAUUAUCGGAACAAAAUUAUGAUGCAUUUAUAUUAUAUGCUGAUGAAGACAUUAAAUUUGCUAAUGAAAUGGUGGAUAAACUUGAGAAAGAAUAUAAUUUGAAGCUUUGUUUAAAAGAUCAAUUACUUGGUGGAAUUACCUUUGAACAUGAAGCAGUAAUGAAAUUAAUAUCAGAACGAUGUAAUAGGUUAAUUGUUAUUAUAUCACCAAAUUUUCUUAAAAGUCCAGCAAAUAAAUUCUUUUUGAAUUAUGCUCAAGCAUUGGGCAUUGGAAGUCAACAAAGAAAGAUUAUACCAUGUUUAUAUGAAAGAUGUCGAUUACCACCUCAAUUACAAUUUAUGGUCAUAUUAGAUUAUAAUAAAUUGGUUUCAUAUAAUUUCUGGGGAAAAUUAAGAGACUCUGUACAAGUAUCAAAUAAAAUAAAAGAAAAUCUAAAUAUUUUUCCCAUAAAAAAUGACAGCAAUUUGAAUGUGAAUAAUGAAAAUGAUAAAGAUAAACAAAAUACAAAUAAUGUAGAAAGAAAGAUUGAAAUAGAAAAGCUUGAAAUACAAAAUAAAAAACAACGUUUAUAUAAAGGGAAUUCAAACCAAUUUGAAUUUGUUAGUAUAAAUAAUAAUUCAAAGGAUAAUAAUAAAAAACAUAAUCAUUUUUUAUUAUGGUCUAAAAUGUGGUCCAAAAAAAGAGAAAAUAAUAAAAAAGAAAAUGCUUCAAUUACAAAAACAGUUAGUUUACCAUCUAUUGAAACUUUGGAUCCAUUAAAUUCAUCAACAGAAUUAAUGGAAAAAAAGAGUAAAAUAAGACUUAUAGAUAAAUAUAAAAAUAUAAAAAAGUGCAAUUUAUUAAGUUAGUAUUUUUAAAAUACUUAUUAAGUUGUAAAGAAACAUUUAUUACUAAUUGUUUUACUUUAUAAUUGAAGAAAUAAAAAUUGUAAUAAAGUAUAUAAAUUCAUAAUAUAGA